AUGUCUACCAUGAGAGCUCUUGUCACCAUUGAAGACCACAAGGUCGCCGUCAGGAACGAUGUGCCAGUUCCCACUCCCCAAGAGGGGGAGAUUGUUGUCAAAGUCCAUUACGCCGCACAAAACCCCACAGACUGGAAGGCUGCUGCCAUGGCUCCUCCGGGCCGUGUCGUCGGCUCCGACUUUGCGGGAACUGUACACGAUGCCAAUGGCUCCUCUUGGCAACAAGGUCAGCGCGUCUCUGGUUUCGUCCAGGGCACGACCUACCGUGGCGCCUUCGCCGAGUAUGUCGUUGUCGAGGCUUCGCUCGUCUACCCUAUCCCGGAUUCGGUGAGCUACCAGGACGCUUCGGUAAUUCCACUUGCCUUUGCAACCGCCGCACAGGCUCUCUUUCAACGCCUUCAGCUCCCCGAGCCCAGCAAGCCUGCCAAGUCAGCCUUCCCUGUGCUCAUCAAUGGCGGUACUUCGUCCGUGGGCAAAUACGCCGUCCAGCUUGUGAAGCAGGCUGGUCUGUUUGUCAUUGCCACGGGCUCCAAGAAAAACCACGAUCUACUGAAAUCCCUGGGUGCUGAUGCUGUUGUGGACUACAAUGACGCCGACUGGGUAGACCAGGUUCGCACACUGAGUCACGACAACCUGCAACAUGCAUUUGAUGCCAUAUCUGAAAAGGAAACCACCGGACAGGUCAUCAAAACCAUCUCGCCGACCAAGGGUGGUCAUGUGGUUGUGAUCCUCUCCCGCAAGAACUCUGAGUACGGAGACGAGUACAGCAAGGUCAAGAUUGAGAGCACUAUUGUGUAUACAGUCUUUGAGCGCACACUGAAGUACGGAGCAUUCGACAACUGCGGCCAGCCUACGCCAGAGGACAAGGCUUUCUGGGAGAAAUACCUCAGCCAGCUACCGCAGUGGCUAGAGAAAGGUGUCGUCAAGCCGAACCGUGUGAAGGAACUCGGCGGCCUUGAGGCCAUCCAAGAAGGCUUUGAUCUGCAUCAGGCAGGCAAGGUCAGUGCCGAGAAGCUGGUGUACAAGAUCGCUGCCGAAUAG